AUGGCUGGCACCGGUUCUGGAUUGAGCACAGACCGAAGGGCUGGCAUGGGCAAUGAGCUGGGAUCUGAACUUGGAACUGGUACCAGACUGCAAAUGGGCACUAGGGCCGGGACUGGCAGUGAAGACGACACCAGCACGGGUGCUGUUCGAUUAUCUCGCGGAUCUCCACUGGGAAUUCUGGAGUUGAUCAAAUCUUGA